AUGAAGCUGAAUCAAUGGCAUUUCUUAAUGGUGUUUGUGCUGCUCCAUAGGGUUACAGGGAUCAAUGUAACGCUCAACAAUGGUGGGUUUGAAAAUGUCAUUAUUGCAAUUAACCCUGGGAUACCUGAAGACGAUAAAAUAAUUGACAGCAUAAAGGAUAUGGUUAAAGAUGCAUCUUCUUAUCUCUUCAGUGCGACAGAGCAAAGGUUUUAUUUCAAGUCUGUAAAAAUUAUAAUUCCUUUGACAUGGACACCCAAGCCUGAAUAUAAAAGAGUUACUACAGAAUCCUAUGAUAAGGCUGAUAUCAUAGUAGCUGAUCCUUUCCUAAAAUAUGGAGAUGACCCUUACACCUUGCAGUAUGGAGGGUGUGGAGAACCGGGACGCUAUAUUCAUUUGACAUCUAACUUCCUGACAAAUGACAGUAUGCAUGAUGUUUAUGGACCACGAGGCAGAGUCUUAGUCCAUGAAUGGGCUCAUCUCAGAUGGGGUGUCUUUGAUGAAUACAACAAUGAUGCACCUUUCUAUACUACUGGAGUAAACCAGGCUGAAGCAACAAGAUGCUCAGCCGGGAUCACUGGACAGUAUAUAUUUCGAUCUAACACAGGAGCUGCCAGGAAGUGUAAAUUUGAAUACCGAACACAACUUUAUGAGCCUGGAUGUCAAUUUAUUCCAGACAAAAAACAAACCGCUUCAGCAUCUAUAAUGUACAUGCAAAGUCUGUCUUCAGCCAUGCAGUUUUGUAAUAAAAGUAAUCACAACAUUAAGGCAACAAAUAUGCAGAAUAAACAGUGCAACUUCAGAAGUACCUGGGAAGUCAUUAUGAACUCCUCUGACUAUGCCAGUUCAUUCCCAAUAAAUUCUCCUCCAUCUGCACCCGCAAUCUCAUUGCUGCAAACACAUGACAGAGUUGUAUGUUUAGUAUUGGAUGUUUCUGGUAGUAUGACUACGUAUGAUCGUAUUGCUCGACUGAAGCAAGCUGCAGAAUUAUUUCUUCUCCAGAUUAUUGAAACAGGAUCCUGGGUUGGAAUUGUAACUUUUAACAGUUACGCAACAAGGCAGAUCGGUUUACGGCAGAUUACCAGUGACAGUGUGCGGGAAUCUCUUAAAAACUAUCUUCCUACUUCAGCUGGUGGAGGAACUAUCAUUUGUUCUGGAGUGCGUCAAGGAUUUCAGGUGUUUUUAGAAAAAUACACAAGUACAGAAGGCUGUGAAAUUGUGCUCUUGACCGAUGGAGAAGAUAAUAGUGUAAGCUCUUGCUUUGCUGAAGUUCAAAGCAGUGGGUCUAUAAUUCAUACCAUUGCUUUAGGGCCAAAUGCUGCAAAAGAACUGGAAAUGUUGGCAGACAUGACUGGAGGCUUGAAAUUUUCUGCCACUGAUAGUCUGGAUUCCAACGGCCUCAUCGAUGCUUUCAGUAGAAUUUCAUCUGAAAGUGGAGAUAUCAGUCAACAAUCUAUUCAGCUUGAAAGUAAAGGAGAAAUCAUCAAGCGCUUUGAGUGGCUGGAUGGAACUGUGUCCAUUGAUAAAACUGUGGGAAAUGAUACUUUCUUUUUAGUUACAUGGAGCACAGCCAACUACCCACCAGGGAUCCUUAUAAAAUCUCCCAAAGGGAAAAGAUAUACUCAGGAUAACUUUGUGAUUGAUAACACCAACGUCAGAACAGCCCGACUCAAGAUUCCUGGAACUGCUGAGACAGGAGAUUGGAUUUAUUCUGUUCAGAAUACACACUCAACUGAGCAAGUCCUUUCAGUAACAGUCACCUCCCGAGCAGCAUCUGAAAAUGUGAUUCCAGUGACUGUGAAGUCCUAUCUGAACAGAGAGAGCAACACCUUUCCUAGCCCAAUAGUCAUUUAUGCAGAAGUCAGCCAAGGAUUUUUGCCCAUUGUUGGUGCAAAUGUCACUGCUACGGUUGAAUCCCAGUCUGGUAAAUCUGUGGAGCUAGAUCUAUUUGAUGAUGGUUCAGGAGUCGAUAUUCUGAAGUCUGAUGGAAUCUACUCAAGGUAUUUCACAGUUUUCACAGAAAAUGGCAGAUACAGCAUCAAAGUUCGUGUCCAAGGGAAAGACAAGAUUGUCAGACGAGUCCGAAGGCAGAGUCAUGCCCUCUACGUACCAGGUUAUGUGGAAAAUGGUGUAAUAAACCUGAAUGCACCCAAACCUGAACCUAGUGAGGAUGAUAUCCAGACAGAUCUUGGAAGUUUCAGCAGAACAACAUCAGGAGGUUCUUUUGUCAUGUCUGGAGUCCCUCCUGGAGUCCCCCCAGAUGUCUUCCCGCCAAGUAAAAUCACUGACCUUGAGGUAGAACUCAAUGAGGAUGACGAAUUCCUUUUGUCCUGGACAGCUCCUGGAAAUGAUUAUGAUUCAGGAACAGCUGAAAGAUAUGAAAUAAAAAUGAGUAAUAACCCCUUGGAACUAAGAGAUGCCACCUUUAAUAGUGCUACCUCUCUGAACACAUCUGGUAUGACACCUGAAGUGGCUGGAACCAAACAAUCCUUUAUUUAUAAGCCAGAAGAGUUCCCCAAAGAAAAUGGCACCUCCAUCUACUUUGCCAUCCGUGCCAUUGAUAACAGCAACAAUGUGGGAGAAGCAUCUAACAUUGCAAGAGCUGUUCUGCUACUUGCUGCAUUGCCUCCUACUCCUAGCCCAUCUGCAAAUACUGAAGGACACACUACUCUUUCAUUGCCUCCUACUCCUAGCCCAUCUGCAAAUACUGAAGGACACACUACUCUUUCAUUGCCUCCUACUCCUGGUCCGACAAACAUCCUCAGCACAUAUGUUCCCAACAAUGAAAAAAAUGACAGCAUGUUAAAUCAGGUUACCAUGAUUGUGAUCAUAGUCUGUGCUGCAGCAAUUGUUAUUUGUGCCAUUAUUAGCAUAACAAUAUGCUGUUUACAUAAGAAAAAAACAAGACAUCAUGAGACUGGUAUGUGAUAAUGAUGAUAAUAAUGAUGAUGAUGAUAAUGAUAAUUACAAUGGAAAAAUGUAUUGUAGUAGUACUAGUGAGUGAGUAGCCAUACGUGUUUCCCUCAUGUGGUAGUUCUGCAUAUAUUUGUGAUUCAUACUAAGGAUAACAUUGUCAAAGCCAUCUGUUUAAAUAUAUAGUUAAAAGGAAUUGUGGGAUCCAAUUUUAUUGCAAAAUGGAUGAGCAGUGUAUAUUCUUUACCUGAGGUUCACUUUUCCAUCCUCCAUCCUCCAGGACAGUGUUUUUCCUAGCUCAGCAAUGAGUUUGCUCAUGGCAUGGUAUUGAAACCUUGUGGAAGAGAUCUCAUAUUAAUUUCAGUGUCAUAUCAACCCAAUUUAGGAGAAGGUUUUCUAUGGCCAUCCUCUGAAGCUCGGAGAUAAUGGCUUCAGUUGGUUUCCAUUGCUGAGCAAGGAUUCAGCACUUGUUUUCCUGAAUUCUAGUCCAACAGUCAAAGACUAAAAUGGUAAAAUCCAGGCCCAAGAAUGUGGGUACACUCUGAAUUAAACAGAUUUCCCUGACACUGCUAUAUCUAGUUUGGAACUUAGUGUUAAAACUCAGGAAGACUUUCAGAGAGCUUCCUUAGGAAAUUUAUAUCACUUGACACCAAAUUAUGUUCCUAGACUCUUUUUUUAAAGGAGAGAAAGAAUAUUGGUUGUCUUUUUACAAUUCUAGUUGCUCAACUCAUAUAGAUGUUUAACUUAAUUAAAUUAAAUUAAAUGAAUGCUAAA